UACACUACAACGCUGCACACAGUUUUGCUUAGCAAAAUGGCUGUAAGUAUUGAAGCUAUUAAAGAAAACUACAACGCCAACUUGAAAGCAAAGGAUUACAACGAGAAAUUUAACCGUAUCCUACAUCUCAUAAGAGGAAAUUUCGAAUUCAUUUUGCAGUUUUUGCACGAAGUUGUGCAUUCAGGACGCUUUCAAGGUUCUAAGGUCUUGGAAGUGGGCAGUGGUGCCACUGUACAUAAUAUUGCCUCUGCUAGUGCUUGCUAUGACCAUAUCGUUCAGAGUGACUAUGUGGUGGACAACUGCGAAGAAUUAAAGCGGUGGCAUGAAGGAACGUCCUCUUUGGAUUGGUCUGAGUUCCUUGACAUAAUUGUCCAUCUAGAACAUAAUGAAAAUGAUUUAAGGAUUGCCAGAAAGGAGUUGGAAUCCCGUAUUCGGAAAAGUGUGAAAUGUGUUGUACGGAGUGAUCUUCUCUCUGACACUGUUCUGCCUGUAGAACUGCUGAUUGCCACAGAAACAGAGCCUCCUUUUGAUUUGGUAAUAUCCGUCCUGUGCAUCGAAACUGCGGCUCCAGAUUAUGAGGGUUACAUUGAUAUCUUGAAAAGAAUAAAUGGUCUGUUAAAAGUAGGUGGAGGGCUCAUCAUUUGCGGCUAUGAAAAUGGUUCAAUGUGGCAGGUAGGAGACAAGACAUUCCACCAUAUUAAAUUGACGACCAAGCAAGUGUUAGAAGCUCUUGAAACAGCUGGCUUCGGAAAAUGUGACCUCAGAACGCUUCCUAAAGUAAAGUCUGAAUAUUCUUAUGAUUACGAGACUUUGUUUUGCGUAGCAGCAGAAAAAUUAUAAAUUCUUAGGGCAUUUGAUCUUAUAUUUGAUUUAUCUUGGUAAAUAAAUGAAUUUCUUUUUGAAA